AACCAUGUCAAAUUGAAUUUAGACUUGGUAGUCAAUAGCAAAUGGCUUCAAUUCUUGAGAGAUCAUUAUCCGAAGAAUAUCCAUCGUUAUCAAACAUAAACUCAUAUAUUCCUAAACUUAAGAAUUACUCCAAUAUCUAUCUUCAAGGAGUGACAUCCCAAGUCAUUUCCAUCCCUUUUUUCUCUCUCACUCAUCUUCAUUACAACAAAUAAUUGAAUUAAAGCCGAGUACUUCUGAAAGACAAGUAUCCACGACCAGUUUUCAUGGACUAGUUCAGCUUCUAAUCCUCUAUAAGAUCCUGAAGUUUUCCUUCUUCAAGCUAUUAUUUGUGUCUGAUUCAUAUAUAUUUCCUACCUUUUUCUUCAAAGUUUAUUUGUUUUUGUUAGAAUUUGGUUGGGUAUUUUCUGUUGAUUGAUCCAGAUUUAUUGGUUUAUUUUUUCUUAGGCUCACCCCAGUCCUACCAACUGGGGGAGCUAAGUUCUCAUCGCAAUUGUUUGAAUGAUUGUUGGGCAGUGAAUUUCCCAAUGAGGAUGGAUACAUAACACCUUCUCUUCCUCCCAUCCAAUAUAAAUACAAACUCAGCAAUGAACUAGAAGUAUUAUUAUCUCUUUCAAUUGCAUUUCAUCCAUAUUUCUAGGUGUCAAAAGGUUAAGAUUGAAGUACAAAACAAAUCUGUUACCAUGAAAGGGGCUGUUUUUGUUGCUUUGGCUGCAACAAUUGGUAAUUUUCUUCAGGGAUGGGAUAAUGCCACCAUUGCUGGGUCCUUACUUUACAUCCGGAAGGAACUUGAGCUCUCCACAGGCAUGGAGGGACUUGUUGUGGCAAUGUCGUUGAUUGGAGCAACAGUUAUCACAACGUCCUCAGGGGCCAUCUCAGAUGCUGUUGGUCGACGACCUAUGCUCAUACUCUCUGCGUCACUUUAUUUUGUUGGCAGUUUGGUAAUGUUGUGGUCACCUAAUGUUUAUAUAUUACUUUUGGCUCGCUUAUUGGAUGGUUUUGGAAUAGGGCUGGCUGUGACACUCGUCCCUGUCUAUAUAUCCGAGACUGCCCCACCAGAGAUUAGGGGAUCAUUAAAUACACUUCCUCAGUUUACUGGUUCAGGAGGUAUGUUUUUGUCAUACUGCUUGAUAUUUGGAAUGUCACUCAUGGCAUCACCCAGUUGGAGAAUAAUGCUUGGUAUCCUGGGAAUCCCUUCCGUCUUCUAUCUUUUGUUUGCAUUCUUCUACUUGCCCGAAUCCCCAAGGUGGCUUGUCAGUAAAGGAAGGAUGUCUGAAGCAAAGAGGGUUCUAAAGAGAUUGCGUGGUACCGAAGAUAUUGAAGGUGAAUUAGCUUUGCUAGUUGAAGGCCUUGGUAUAGGGGGUGAAACUUGUAUAGAAGAAUUCAUGGUAGAAACAGCGGAGGGUCAAGAACCAGGCACUGAGAAAGACAAAAUAAAGUUGUAUGGAGCAGCAGAAGGCCUUUCCUGGAUUGCAAAACCUGUCACCGGACAGAGCGCUAUUGGUCUUGUAUCACGUCAUGGAAGUUUGGUGGGCCAGAGUUUAGUUGACCCUCUUGUGACUCUCUUUGGAAGUGUUCAUGAGAAGCUUCCUGAACAAGGAAGCAUGAGAAGUGCACUUUUCCCUAAUUUUGGGAGCAUCCUUAGCAGCACAGAUGUUCAUGGUCACAGAGAUCAAUGGGAUGAAGAAAACCAACAGAGGGAAGACGACGAUGAGCCAACGGGUGAGCCUGUUGAAGGGGAGGAUUAUGAUGAUAACUUGCAUGCUCCAUUGAUUUCGAGGCAGACAACAAGCAUGGAGAAGGACAUGGAUGUUCCUGCUGUCUCUCAUGGUAGUGUUUUUAGCAUGGGACACCAUAGCAGUCUUUUCCAAGGUGCAGGUGAAACUGUUACUACUACUGGUAUUGGUGGCGGUUGGCAAUUGGCGUGGACUUUGGAUCAAGGGGAUGCUGACGUUGGAAAGCCUAAAGAGUUCAAAAGGAUAUACUUACAUCAGGAUGGUGGGCCCGCUUCCGUUCAUGGGUCUCUUCUUUCGCUUCCUGGUGGAGAUUUCGCAGGGGAUGGAGACUGUGUACAGGCUUCUGCUUUUGUUAGCAAUCCUGCACUUUAUUCCAAGGAGCUUUUGGAUCAAUGCCCAGUAGGGCCUGCAAUGGUCCAUCCAUCUCAAAUUGCUUCCCAAAGACCAAGCUGGAAGGCUCUACUCGAUCCAGGAGUCAAGCGUGCAUUGAUUGUUGGAGUUGGAAUUCAAAUGCUUCAACAGUUUGCUGGUAUAAAUGGUAUUCUGUAUUAUACCCCACAAAUUCUGGAGGAGGCAGGAGUGGGAGUUCUACUUUAUGAUCUUGGGAUCAGUUCAACAUCAGCCUCAUUCCUUAUUAGUGCAUUAACAACCUUUCUGAUGCUUCCCUGCAUAUCUGUUGCUAUGAGGCUCAUGGAUAUCUCAGGAAGAAGGUCUCUGUUGUUAGCAACAAUUCCGGUUUUGAUUGCUUCAUUGGUAAUUCUAGUAAUCAGCUGCACUGUUAAAAUGGACAGUGUGAUUCAUGCAGUAGUUUCAACCAUAUGCGUUAUUGUCUACUUCUGCACAUUCGUUAUGGCAUAUGGACCCAUACCAAACAUCUUAUGCUCCGAGAUCUUCCCUACUCGAGUCCGUGGUGUUUGUAUUGCUAUCUGUGCCUUAGUAUUUUGGAUAUGUGACAUUAUUGUUACCUACAGCUUGCCUGUGAUGCUCAGUUCUAUUGGUUUGGGUGGCAUCUUUGCUAUCUAUGCCGUGGUUUGCGUGAUUUCUUUGGUGUUUGUGUAUCUCAAAGUCCCUGAAACUAAGGGAAUGCCCCUUGAAGUUAUCACGGAGUUCUUUACAAUCAAUCCAAACCAGUUGAAAGCCGCUAAAGAGGAGUAGCAAGUACAGUUGCAAAGAUUUUUCAAGCUUGUAAUGGUUUGCUUUCACCGAAAGACAGUUGGUAUGGGAAGUGAAAGGCUUUCUGCAUAUCAAUAUUUUGUUCUCCUUCAACUUGUUAUAUAAUGAUCAAAAUAAUUGAACCUUUUAUAUGAAGUAUACAUAUGUGGUCUUACAAUUCAUGAGAAACAAAAAACAUUUGCAUAAAAUAGAUGCAAACGAAAAUGCCGAGGAAACUGAAUCAAUGUGGAUUCAUUUUUAUGGCACAAAUACAAAUACAACGAGAACUUAGAACUUUUAAGUCAUCAUGGACCUUAAUUUGACUUCCCUUAAUUCAAUAGCAUGAAAUAUGCGAGGUUUUGGCACAAAUACAACUAGAACUAUCACUAGUUCAUCCAUUCCGAAAGCCAAAGUUGGUGUGAGUAUGUGAUUCGACCCAUAUUCGGCAUAUUAUUUGGAAGAAGUCUCUUGUGUGGCCGUCCUAUAUUUAGGAUAUGGUAAACAUGCCAGUUCACUAUGUGAUGAGUUUUAAAGCUUAUGUAAUCACUUUUAAGACGUAUGAUCACUUUUAAGCCCUAUGUGAUCAUUUUUAAGACUUAUGUGGUUACUUUUAAAGCAUAUAUGAUCACUUUUAAGGCUUACGUGAUCAUUUUUAAAGCAUGUGUGAUCAUUUUGACUAUUAUAAGUGAUUACUUUUAAAGCUUAUGUGAUCACAUUU